AUGGCGCCCUUCCACCACCAACUGUCGGCUGCCCUUUGCCACCUAUUUUGUUCCUCGACUGCCGACGAGGGGAGAAAUGGGCGAGGACGAGGCGAGAAGCAGAUUGAGCAGCAGAUUGAGCAGCAGACAGAGCAGCAGACAGAGCAGCAGAAGGAGCAGCCGACUCUCGGCGGGAGCCAUUCACAAACGACUCCCCGCCGAAGCGGCUGGAAACGAUUCCUCUUCACACAAACCCGGACCAUGGAGCCCAAGGCCGACGGCGACAAGAUGAAUGUGUCUCCCGACUCGACGCAUCUUGCAACGACAUUUGGCGGCCUCGAUCUAGCCGGUCCUGAUGAUGGGACCCUGUCGUCCAAGCCCAAGCAGGACGCUCCCGAUGAUGACCCCGAGGCCAUCCGCGUGCGUGAGCAGAACCAGUUCUUCAUCACCGAGGCCAUUGCCAUGGCUCGGCUUGCUCUGCGUACCAACGAGACGCCCGUCGGCUGCGUCCUCGUCCACGACGGCAGAAUCAUUGCCAAGGGAAUGAAUGCCACCAACGUCACCCGCAACGGCACCCGCCACGCCGAGCUCAUGGCCAUCUCCGCUCUGCUGUCGGUGGCGGCCAAGAGCGGCCCCAAGACGACGGCUCUCAAGCCCAAGCCGGCUGCCGAGGAGGCGACGGCCAGCAACCGCCCCAGCACCGCCGAGGGGACCCCUCCGGCCACGUCGUCGAGCGCGGCGUCCGGGACGACGGGAGAGAACGGGUCGGUUGCCUCGGUCGACCUGGCGCCCCUCGACGACGGCAACGACGACGGCAGCAAGGGCCACCUCUACCCGUACGGCCAGAGAUUCUAUCCCGCCGAACGCGUCGACCCCGCCAUCCUCAAGGAGUGCAUCCUCUACGUGACGGUCGAGCCGUGCGUCAUGUGCGCCUCCCUCCUGCGCCAGUUUGGCAUCAAAAAGGUCUACUUUGGCGCCGUCAACGACAAGUUUGGCGGCACCGGCGGCGUCUUCAGCAUCCACGCCAACUCGCUUCCCGUCAGUCCCGACGGCCAGACGGCGGCCGCUCAUCCGAUUCCGCGCCAGCCGCAGGCUCAGCUUCCCGACGGCACCGUCGUCUUGGGGACGUCGUAUCCGCCCGACGGCGGCGACGGCGGCAAUGUCGAGCCGGGCUUCGAGAUCGAGGGCGGCUGGGGACGCGACGAAGCCGUCGGCCUGCUGCGGCGAUUUUACGUGCAGGAGAACGGACGAGCGCCCGUGCCGCGCAAGAAGGAGGGCCGCGCCGCUCGUCUUGCCGCGCUGAUGGAAAAGGACGGCAACGGGUCGACGACGACGCCGGGGGCUGAUGCGGCCGGCGACGAAGACCUCGCCGAUGACGCGGAUGCUGCACCGGGAGAGGAGGCGAAUUCGAAAGAGCAUGCCGGCCUGCUGGACGGCAACGAUGACUUUGCCGACGACGACAACUACCUAGAUCUGAUUGGGGGCCGAGAUCCACCGCGGUAG